AACGGGUGGUGCUGAGAUUCUGACACUCUGAUUAGUGCAGUUUGAUUUUUACGGAUGAAGCUAACAUUAAAUAUUUGUUGUAUUUCGAUAAACGACAACAGUCAUGAAACUGUACCAGGCGCUCUGUAAUGCCGGCAGGUUUAGAACCGUUUUCGACUUUGGCGGACGUGAAGUAGCUCACUGGUUCCCCAGACACAUGGCUAAAGGACUGAAGCAGAUGAGAGCCAGUCUUAAGAAGGUGGACUGCAUUAUAGAGAUCCACGAUGCCAGAAUUCCGUUGUCUGGGAGAAACCCUGCGUUUCAGGAAACUCUUGAUGUAAAACCACACUUGUUAAUUCUCAACAAGAUGGACCUUGCCGAUCUGUCGAACAAGCAGAAAAUCCUGAAGAUGCUGGAAAAACAUGGGGACAGGAAUGUUCUCUUCACAGACUGUAUAAGUCAGACUGGUAACAACAUCAGAAAAUUGGUUCCCAUGGUGAUGGAAAUAAUUGAGAAAUCGCCACGCUUUCACAGAGAAGAGUGUCGAGAUUAUUGCCUGAUGGUGAUUGGGGUGCCAAAUGUGGGGAAAUCUUCCUUCAUUAACGCUUUAAGGAGAACAAAUUUGAAAAAAGGCCGAGCGUCUCGAGUUGGUGGUGAGCCAGGUAUAACCAAAGCAGUUCUGACCAAAAUUCAGGUGUGUGACCGACCCAUAAUUCACUUGUUGGACACACCAGGAGUGCUGUCUCCUAAGAUAGGGAGUGUUGAAACAGGCAUGAAGCUUGCUUUAUGUGGAACUAUACUGGAUCAUUUGGUCGGUGAGGAUGUCAUCGCUGACUACUUGCUCUUUUCUCUAAACAGGCUACAGAACUUCAGAUAUGUAGAUAAAUAUGAUCUUCAAGAGCCCUGUGAUGACAUCCAGAGUGUUCUUAAACGCAUUGCUGUAAAACUUGGAAAGGCGCAGCGAGUUAAAGCCAUUACUGGAGUGGGUAACAUAACCAUUAGGAUGCCAAACUAUACAGCGGCGGCUUAUGAUUUCAUAAGAUCCUUCAGGAAAGGAGAACUGGGCCAAGUGAUGCUGGACUGACCUAAGUCAUGUUAAUG